GACCACAGCUCAACAAUAAUUAAGAGACCCGAAGCCGGAUAGAACCUUGAGACGUGCAUGCCCUAGGGUGAAAGACAUCGGAUUUAAAACACCACGACCACCCUCCUACUAUAUCUUACUUUCUUUCCUAAACCUCUCCUCUUCUCUGUCUCUCUCUCUCUCGGCCCGACGUCAAGAAAAACUCAAGAUGGCUCCGAAAUCAGUCGCCGUUAUUACGAUGAGUACCCGGGGUACCCGAGCAGGACCUAAUGUAGCUAGUUUUGUUCGGAAUAUUAUUGAGAAGCCUCUGGCAGCGGACAGCAUAUCCAUUACCGAUGUGGAUGUCGUCAAGUUUAACCUCCCCGUCUAUAACGAAAAAGUAGCUCCUAUCAUGGUGCCCGAGCAGGCCUCUUUCGAAUACGAGCACUCCAAGGCCUGGAGCGCUGAGAUCAUAAAGUACGAUGGCUAUGUCCUCGUCAUCCCCGAGUACAACUACUCGAUGGCUGGAGGCACCAAGAACGCUAUUGACUACCUACUCCACGAGUGGAAGGGAAAGCCGGUUGCCAUCGUCAGCUACGGUGGUGGAGGUGGCGUCAACGCCAGCGAGCAGGCUAAGGGGGUUCUUACCAACAUGGGCCUCAAGGUUGUCGAAACGCGGCCUCAGCUAGCUUUUGCUAAGCCAGACUUAUUCGCUAUCAUAGGCACUGGGAAACUGGGAGACGAGACCGUGAAGGCCUGGGAAGCAGAGCACAUUCCGAGCAUACAGAAGGCUGCUGAGGAAUUGAAGACCUUGUUAUCGCAGCCCAGUGCUUAAGCCGAUGCUCUCAAGGAAGAAGAAACUGAGUUGCGGUCGGUUAGCCGGAUGAUGAGAGUGGAUGA